AUACGAUCACGUGCGGUGCUUGUUUAAUUUCACUUCCGCGUUUUCGGAUUUGACAUGAGAAAGAACAUUUAUCUUUAUAGCUAGUUAAAGAAGAAAUUACUAAAUUAAAGGCAGUUUUUUAUGCUUAUAUAUAUUUGUUAUAUUAGACAACUACGUGCAUGUAAGCUUCUAAAACAAACAAUAUAGCUAGUUUUGAAUUUGAGGAGCCAUCAAGUUAGCUAGCUAGCUGUUAGAGAGCUAGCUAGCUAGUCUGUACUACUAGCUAAUUAUCGGUUACAGGUCCACACUAGACAUCAUUAACAACACUUUUUAAUUCACCCGACUUUCUCGUUGACUUUUAAAGGAAAUGGCACUGUUUCAAGCAAUACACCUCACUUUGACCUCCGCCAUCCUGCUGGUACUCUUGGCUGAAGGGGGACAGGCCAGUGACAACACCAAGAACUGUAAGUUAAUUGAGGAAUCACAGGCUGCAAGAGCAGUUGUCAGCAAAUUGGAGCCCCUCACCAACAGAACAUUUUCUACAACAGUCAAGGUAGACAAGGAUGGCUACACAUACCUGUUCCAGGUGUGUGGGACUGCAGGCAGCGUGGCAGAAGGCGGGUUGGUGCAGAAAGAUGCCAAUGGGAAGGAAGUGCUCAUUGGAAGGUACACUGCCACGGAGGUCUUUGGUGGUUCUGACUGGGUGAUGUUGAUCUACAAGAAGGGAGAAAACUAUGGUGAUCAUUGUGGCAAGGAGCCAAGGAAAGCCAUCAUCAUGAUCUCCUGUGAGAGGGGGGUGUCAGCGGGGGAGCUCUCAGUGGUGGCAGAAGAGAGGGACAAGAACAACGAUUGUUUCUAUCUGUUUGAGCUGGACUCCAGUGCUGUCUGUCCUGCCAUUCCUUCUCAUCUGAGUGUGGGUUCAGUGCUGCUCAUUGUUGGCUUUUCGUUAUUGGCCGUGUACUUGAUUGGCGGAUUCCUCUACCAAAGACUGGUUGUCGGAGCCAAAGGGGUGGAACAGUUUCCCAACUACACCUUUUGGCAGGAGUUCGGCAAUCUGACUGCUGACGGGUGUGACUUCGUGUGCCGUUCCCAGGGAAACCGCGAGGAACCGCCUACUUACAGGGGCGUGGCUACUGAACCCCUGGGGGAGGAGCCAGAAGAAAGGGACGAUCAUUUGCUGCCCAUGUGAGCUGACCGUGUCAGCACAGGAAUGGUUCGUUCUUAGGCUAGAUCUUGGUGAUAUCUUUUUUAAUUAUUCCGAUUUAGACAGCACUGCAAAAGAAAAAUAAAAUGAAGAAUCACUCAAAAGUACAGUUCAAAGGGACAGCUUGUGGGUGAUGCAAAUGUAACAUUUCCAGCCUUCCACAGAGCAGAAUCAUGUAUGGCAGCAUCAGCGAUGUCCAGUAUAGUCAGAUAGAGAACUGGUCUGCUUCUAAUGCGCGACACAGCACACAUCAGCCUGAUCCUGUUGCAGGGAUUUGAAUACUGGUUCUGAUUUUGGUUUGACCAAAAGUAUUUACCAACUGUUACACCAUGGUCUCUUUCGAUAUUACCACAGUGUACUAGUAGUGGUGCUACUGAUGAGAGUAAUUACUAUGGAUUAUCGAUUAUGAUAUUUUAUUGCGAUUGCUGCUUUAGAGGGAAGGAUCUCUGUCAGUCCUGGGUCAAAUACGUAAUCAUUUUGGUUUCAAACACUUUUCUAUGCUGUAUUGAGCUUGUCUGGUAUAUUGGAGCCAACUCCUCUUGGUUGGCACCAGGCAAGAUCAAUCCAGCACAGAAUCCAAAACAAUUCUGUAUUUGACCUAGGUCUGAUCUCUGUACUAUCUGUGCUGUGUGGAUGAAUGUCUUUUUGGGUCUGGCUUAAUUUUGUGUAAAUAUAUUUUUUAAUGUGAGCUAGUCACAGAACUAGUUCAGUCUGCUGACGUGCAGAGCACGUCAUGGCACACGUGUAGACUCUCAGUACAGUUCAGGCACUGAAAUAUCCCAGGAAUGUGAACUGUGCUGUAUCUGUAACCACCUGACGAGCCUUGUGCUAUUACAUAAACUCUGACUUUCUGGAUGAAAUUGUUCUUGCUAUUUGUUAUUUGCAGUAAUGGAAACAAAACAGUUUUUUGUUUUUGCUUAUGAGUGAAAAAGAGGGAAUAUAAAUAAAGCGUGUGUUUGAUUAUAA